GUUUGAACUAAAACAAACCCACUCUAAAUCACGUGACUUUAAAUGGUGGCCGAUUGGCAAAUAUAAUCAAAUAUAACAACAAAAGUCUAGCCAUCAAAACAUUCAAAAGGACGUAGGCUUUGUCACUGUUUCCCAGCGCCACUUUAGGAACAGCACUGUUAAUUAGAACCCAACAGUGAAUGGCCGAGUGGGGAAUCCUACCAAUUUAUUUUUAAAAGUAAAAAGGGUGUCCUACCUACUGCUGUUUUAACAGUGUUAUGAACCCACUCAAUAUUUUUACACGAAAUUUGGAGGAUGUGACUAUCUAUUAGAAGCAUUACCUUCACUAUCCUAUCUCUACAGCGUACACAUUAAUGUGUUCCAAGGGAUAGGUAGGCAUAGAUCUUUAUGGGUAAGAGCAUUAAAUAUACCUGAAUAUUCUGCCAAGUACACAUGGGUGUGUAGUAAUCAUUUCAACCUGACAAAUUUUGUUGUGAACUUAGGGGCAAAAAAAAUUGAAGGAAGAUGUUGUCCCUAACGAGAGUGAGAGACUUUCUUUGUAUGUUUUACAAAGAGCAGAGUAUUGCUCAUUUUCUACACUAUCAGGACAAGGGACAACUAGUCCAUCUUCUACCCCAACUGCUUCUGAACAUGGAAUGAAGAAUAGUCCAACCUCUACCCCAAUGGCUUCUGAACAUAUAAUGAAGAACAAUCCAGCCUCUACCCUAAUGGCUUCUGAGUAUGGAAUGAAGAACAGUCCAGCCUCUACUCCAACGGCUUCUGAAAAUGGAAUGAAGAACAGUCCAGCUUCUACCCCAACGGCUUCUGAACAUGGAAUGAAUGAUCCAUCUAUUCACCUAGUUGAUUGGGAAACUGUUUUCUCCAGUGGUUCAAUCAAUGAAAAUUCACUCAUGGCUUCUGAACAUGGAAUAAAGAACAGUCCAGCUUCUACCCCAACUACUUCUGAACAUCCAAUGAAAAGCAGUCCAGCCUCUACUCCAACGGCUUCUGAACAUGGAAUAAAGAACAGCCCAUCCUCUACCCAAACUGUUUCUGAAUGUGGAAUGAAUGGUUCAUCUGUUCCACUCUUUGAUUGGGAACCUAUUUUUUCCCGUAGUUCAAUCAAUGAAAAUUCACAUACGGCUUCUGAACAUGAAAUAAAGAACAGUCCACCUUCCACCCCAACUAUUUUUGAAUUUGAACAUGAAACGAACAGUCUAUCCUCUACUACAACUGCUUCUGAACGUGGAAUGAAUAAUGCAUCCCCUACCCCAACUAUUUCAUCAAAUAGUUCAAUCAAUGAAAAUGCACCCAAAGCAAAAAAGCCACCGAGAAAAAAAUUUAACGUUAAUCCUAGAUAUUUAGGAGAUGUAUCAGCUAGUGAUAUGGAGAAUCCUAUGAUUAGCCGCAGAAUUUUAAAACUCAGUAAACAAAAGAUUUUACAACAAAACCGAAAAAUUUGUGCACUACAAACAGAUAACAGAAAAUUAAAACAUAAAGUUCAGAAAUUAAGUGCACUAACUAAACACCUUCAACAGUGUCUUUUUAAAUGUUGGGGUCGCCAUUAGUGAUAAUUAGAAAACAUAAUAUACCAAGUGACUUAUGAAUUACUACCGAACCUGAAUAACUUUUUUGCAAUAAUGACUAUUCAGAAAACAGACUAUUUCUCACAAAACUUAAAGUAUAAAGAAGAAAUAAGAGAUGUGUGGGCAAUCGUGGGCAAAGUAAAUACCUCGAGAAUGCUUUUAUGUUUUUUAUACCAAGAUGGAAAUUGUUAAUAAAAUCAUACACUAUUAAUACGUGCCCAAAGAUUCCGAUCGAUAGCUAUUUGGAAUUGCCCCUAAUAAAGAUUGUUGUUCAUCUUUCUUCAUACACUAAGCACUCAGUUAUUCCUUCUUACCUCAUCUAGAUUAUUUAAUAUCUAUUAAUAAAUUAUGAAAGACUGUUUUCAAUAAUCAUUACAAUAAACAAAAAUGUACUGAAAAAAAUAAUAAUCUGGAACAAGUAUAAGUUUUAUUAUGCACAUGUGUGUAAGAAGCUGUACAAUUCUGAUUAUUUUCUGUAUAAAAUCAUGCACAUACAUUUUCAGAAACUAACCUACAUAAUUAUUGCUAACUAAUAGUAAUUAUUAUUAUUAACUGAAUGAUUGCUGUGGAACAAGUAUAGUCUCCCAAAUUCCCAAAUAUUCAUAAUUGAGACACUUUCGCAAUUCGAAUUGUUUGUAUUUUUAUAAUAUUGUUUUUAUUUAAGACAAAACGUGUUAGAAAUAUUCACCUAUCUAAAUUCAAUACCUAUAACUUGAAUUCAACAUUUAAAUUUAAAAAACAUUAUGCCAUAAAUGCAAAUUGCCUUCAAAUAAAAAAAAAUAUGAAAUGCAAAUAUCACAUGCCCGUUUAGUUUAGAGCAAAUUUAUUUUUAUUAUAAUGCUUAUAAAAGUUAUUAAAAAAAAAACAGAAUCCAAAAUCGUGUUAAAUCGUUAAAAAUUUAGUUUGUUGAUUUUCUCAUAAAUCACCAGAUCUUUACCAAAUUUAUAUAGGACCACCCCUGACAAAAGAAGAAUAAUACAAAUCGGAUAAGGUGGUAAAGAACAUUCAUAAAAAAUUAAGAAUUUGAUGAUUUUCUCAUGGACUCAAUUAUUAGAUCUUGACCAAAUUUAUAUGGGACCACCCCUGAAGUACCCCCUUUCUAAGAAGAAAAAAAAGCCUCAGAAAUUGGACAAUGUGGUAAAGAAUUAUCGGUGAACAUAUUAUGUAAAAAAAAAAUAUUCCGACCAAUUGAGAACCUCCUCAUUUUUUUUGAAGUCGGUUAAAAAAAUAAAGAUGAGGUUCUCAAUUCGUCAGAAUAUUUUUUUUAUGUAUAUUCGGUUGUGCAUCUUUACCACAUCCGAUUUCUAUGAUUAUUAGAAAGGGGUAGUCCCAUAUAAAUUUGGCCAAGAUCUGAUUAUAGGAUCCAUGAGAAAAUCAUCUUCUCUUCCUUUUUGGAGUCGAUUUUAUGAAAUAACUUAUAACUUAAAAUCCUUCCCUCCAUCUAAAUAAAAAAUACAUGUCCAAGUACUCUCGGUUUAAAAAGUUAUUGCCAUAAAAUUAUAUAACAUCCUGUAUAAGUGAAAUAGACUUAAAUGAUCCUCUAAUUACUGUACCUAUACAACUUCCAAAUAUUUUAAUUUACCUUUUCUAAUAACUACACUAAACCAGAACUUAAUUGAGAAACCCUGUGUAAGAAGUAUUUUUAUUGAAUUUUGUAAAUAUUUUCUAAAAUAUUUUGUAUGGUGAUCA